GGAGGAAUGGCCAAGAGGCCAUGGAUGGCUCCUAGCCAGGAUGUCUAUGCUCUGCCUCCUGGUCAGAAGCAGCAAUACUUCUGAAUCCCAUUUGCUGGAAACUACUGGAGGGGAGAAUUGCUCUUGUGCUCAAAUCCUGCUCGACAGCUUCCCAAAGGCAUCUGCUUGGCCACUGGACUAGAAAGGGUCAUUCACCUGGUCCAGCAGGCUCUUCUCAUGUGGAAUUAUCUGCUUCAGUGUCCACACUUGGGUAGGAUGUGAUUUUAUGUUGAUCUCCCCCACUAUCAACCCGCAUCAGAUUAUUCAUAGACUGGGGAAACCCCAACUAAUUGGGAGGAAAGUUCAGGUUGUCACUUGGAUGAGGGUGACAUCAUGGGGACAAUGCAAAAGCCCUGAACCCAUGAAGUGCAUUGAAUCCCCUUGGACCUGCACCCCCAGACAGCAAGCAAGCAGCUCCUUCCCUGCCACCACCUCUGGUUGGUCAGUCGCUGUGGCUCCCUGGGCAAGCAGAUGGCCAGCUGUUCUGGAAGGAAAAGCAGAUUUGCUGUAUGAUGAAAUAUGCUGUGUCUCAUUCCGGGCCUUCUUAAAACAACACAAAAUUCAGAGUGGGACAGACUGCAGGAGACAGAAAAGAUGCUGCAGCAGUGUGAAAGAGAGAAGCAGGGACACCCCAAAGCAGGGAGCUUUGGCUGGGGCUUGUGGGUUCCAGGGAGGUGCCUGGUGGGCCUUUGGGGGGGGGAUGCUGCACGCUGGGCCCACCUUGCUGUGAGCCAGCAGGAACCUUCUCAUGGAUCCGGACGUGCCAGGAGAGUCCUGCAUUUUGGAGGCUCUGCGGGUGGCUGCGUGUGCCUGCAUCUGCCUUGGCUUUCCUUCAAGGGCCUCCCACACACCUCCGGUGGUGACCUUUGGGCACAGAAGGUUGCAGUUGUUAUCUUGAAGACCAACAGAAGGCGAUUGGCUAGCAAUCCAGCCCCACCUUCAUCUGAGCAGUUUUGCAUAUUUUGGACUGUAAUAAACAGCUUUCCUUCGUCCUGCAAUCUGGUGAAAUGCAGUUUUUGAUCAUGGAGACUUGGGGGGGCCCUGGCAUAUUUCUUCUGCUAUGUGCUGCUUGCCUCUUCUUCCUCUCAGUCCGGAGGAAGGCGCCUGGCCGCCAGAGGCUCCCUCCAGGCCCCCAGCCCCUGCCCUGGGUGGGGAACAUCCUGCAGCUGGACACCAAGGACUUCCCCAGAUCUUUGGAGAAGCUCAGCCAGAGGUACGGGCCCAUCUUCACCAUCUACCUGGGCUCUCAACGGGUCGUGGUGCUCUAUGGGCACGAAGUGGCGCAGGAGGCCUUGCUGGCCCAGGGAGACUCCUUUGGGGCCAGAGGAAGCAACCCCAUUCUGGCUAAAACAGCCAAUGGAACAGGAAUUGGCUUCAGCAACGGGGAGACGUGGAGGCAGCUGCGGCAGUUUGCUGUUGCCACCUUGGGCAGCUUGGAGGUGGGGAAAAGGAGCUUUGAGGAGAGGAUCCAGGAGGAGGCGAGGUUCCUGGUGGAGAGACUCAGAAACACAAAUGCAAGGCCCUUCGACCCAUCUCGCUUCCUCAGCCAGGCAACUGCCAACAUCCUCUGCUCAGUUUCCUUUGGCAGUCGUUUUGACUAUGAAGACGAGGAGUUCCUGGGAUUCAUCCACCUGGUUCAAGAAAAUGCUCUUCUUCAGUCCAGCCCAAUGACAAAGCUGUACAAUAUUUUCCCGACAAUCCUGGAAUACUUCCCUGGAUCUCACAAGAAGAUAUUUAAAAAUACAGAGGAGUUAAAGCGUUUCAUCUUAAGGCGGGUGAAAAGACACCAGGAGACCACGAAGCCCAGCCAGCCUCAGGACUUCAUUGAUGCCUUUCUCGUCAAGAUGGAGCAGGAGAAGCAGAACAGUGGGUCAGUGUUUGAUCUUCAAGGUUUGGUGAGGAGCAUCUUAGACCUUUUCAUUGGAGGAGCAGAAUCCACCAGCCUCACCCUGAGUUACGCCCUCCUGACUCUCAUGAAGCACCCAGAGGUCAAAGAGAAAGUUCAUCAAGAAAUUGAUACUGUGAUUGGCUCAUCACGAAGUCCUUGCAUGGCGGAUCUGGGAAAGAUGCCCUACACAGAUGCUGUGAUCCAUGAGAUCCAUCGAACCCUGGCGCUUGUGCCACUGAAUCUGCCACAUGCAACCACAAAGGACACUCUCUUCAGGCAAUACUUCAUCCCCAAGGGCACCACAGUCUUCCCGGCUCUGAAGCCUUCGCUGCACGACAGCAGAGAAUUCCCCAACCCACUGCAGUUUGAUCCUGGGCAUUUCCUGGAUGAUAACGGAGGCCUGAAGGAGAGCAAAUUCUUCAUCCCACUUUCCGUAGGCCAGCGGGCCUGUAUUGGCAAGAAGCUGGUGGACAUGACCAUCUUUGUGGCCUUGACAUCCAUCCUGCAACACUUUGACCUGGUCCCUCUUGUGGCUCCUGAGGACCUCGAUGCCUCGCCAGCACCAGCAUUCCUGACAAUGGUCCCCAAAGCCUACCGGCUCCGCGUUGCCCCUCGCUGAAGGGUGGGAAGGUGGCCACCCACACGGCUGCCACAGCCAUGGCUCAGUGGCAUGCUCUGUUUUUAUUGUAAC